AUGAUUUGUGUGUGUGCAAGCCACAAGCCUGUUGUAAAGCCUGUGUUGGCAGAAGGUCUGGCCUUAAGGAGGGCAAUGGAAGUCUGUGCCGAGUUGGGUUUGGGAAGGGUGGUUUUUGAGGGUGAUGCUAAGAUCAUUGUUCAGGCAGUGACUUCUGAUGAGGAGAUUAGUGCAGAUUAUGGGGUUCUUGUUAAUGAUGCUCGAAGUAUGUUAAGAACUUGGCCUCAAUGGCAUGUUGAUUUUGUUCACAGAGAGGCCAACUAUGCUGCUCACCAGUUAGCAAAGUUAGCUUUAGACUAUGAGUAUGAGAAGAUCUGGAUAGAAGAUGGUCCAAUGCAGGUUAUGUCGACUGAACAGUUAGAACAGUCUAUGUAA